AUGGCAGAGGCGAGCGACGUCGCAGGGGUGUCUCAGGCGACGAGUGAGGGGAGUCGCAUGAAGGUGCUCUUCGUCGAGAUGGGUGUGGGAUACGACCAGCACGGGCAGAAUGUCACUAAGGCAGCGAUAAAGGCGUGUCGAAACGCCAUCACGUCCAACUCCAUCCCCGCCUUCCGCACAGGUGCCAUCCCAGGUGUAUCGUGGCAGCAGAUGAAGCUUCAGUACCCUCCUCCCCACCCCCUCUCCCCGUCCCCCCCUUCCCCCUCUUCCCCUCCUCCCCUCCUCCUCCCCCCACUACCCCCCAUCCGCCUCCACCUCCUCGUGCUCCUCAAACCGUUUAACUCACUCUCUCCUUCCUUCUCUCCAUUUCUUUCUCCACCACUCUUCCCUCCCUACUCUCCACGCACGUCCACUGAUGCUGAUACACAUGUUCUGAACCUUCACGCACUAAUCAAGCACGUUGGCAUGUGUGCUGGCAGUGGUGAAAUCAUUGGCGUGGAAGUGGUUGAUGGUGGCCUCAUCUGUUCAAGUGGGGUGGCGCUAGAGGCACUUGCUAGCUCCGCAGCACUACGAGCGCGCAGCCUUCAGGCUACCCAUCGCCGCGCUCUCGCCAACCCGUCCCUCGUCGCCGUGCGUCUCCCAGCACACAGAGGAUCCACAUCCCUCUCCACACCUGCCAACCGUACCGCACCCACGCGUCUAGCCAUCCGCGCGGACUCCGCAAGUCCCUCCACGCCCGAGCCUGCCACCUCUCCCGCACCUCCCGCCAGCCCCGGGUUCGGGCUCGGAGGUCCGGGCACGUGGUUCGGAUUCGGAUCGCUGCAGGAGCUCAGCGUGGGUCGUCUCGCUAUGGUCGGCUUCGCAAGCGCGCUGACGAUGGAAGUCAUCACAGGCAAGGGCGUGUUCGGUCAACUCGGGAUCGACCCCCUCGCGAUCCGCUUCCCGUUCCUCGCGGGACUCACGUUUCUGCUUCUAGGAGGGCUCCUGGGCGGCUGGGUGGUGAUUAACAACCCGCCGGAUGUUUCUAAGGCGCCGCCGAAUGCGGGCGCGGGCGUGCCGCGCGACCCGUUCAGCAAAAGCGCGCUCGACCCGCUGUUGACGUACACGCGCGGGGUGGAGGUGGAGGGGGAUGACGGCAAACCCGUGGUUCUCCCCAUCGCUUCUGACCUGAAGCCACUUGAUAAAUAA